GGAAUAUCUGAACAAACAUCAGAACUGGGUAUCAGGACUGUCCCAGCACACAGGGCUGGCCAUGGCCACCGAAAGCAUCCUUCACUUUGCCGGCUACAACAAGCAGAACACCACUCUUGGGGCAACUCAGCUAACGGAGCGCCCAGCCUGUGUGAAGAAAGAUUACUCCAACUUCAUGGCGUCUCUCAAUCUACGCAACCGCUACGCAGGCGAGGUGUAUGGAAUGAUUCGGUUCUCAGAUGCCACAGGCCAGAUAUCUGACCUGAACAAAAUGAUGGUCCAGGAGCUGAAUACAGCGUUAGACCUCAGUAAUCCUCAGCACUACACACAGGCCAUGUUCAAGCUGACAGCAAUGCUCAUCAGCAGCAAAGAUUGUGACCCACAGCUCCUUCAUCAUCUGUGUUGGGGUCCUCUCCGGAUGUUCAACGAGCAUGGCAUGGAGACCGCCCUGGCCUGCUGGGAGUGGCUGCUGGCUGGCAAGAACGGAGUGGAAGUACCGGUAGGAUACCUGCUGUGUUCAGCACCUGAGGGUGGGGCUGGUGAGAGAUGGAGAGAGCUUGACCUGGCUGCUCAGCUGACACGCUUGGAAACCCCAG